CAGAAUCUCUGAGAUAUCUCUCAAUGUAUGAUAACCGGAUCCUUCGCUACUUUAAAGGCCACAAAGACAGGGUUGUAUCGCUUUGUAUGUCUCCUAUUAAUGAUAGCUUCAUGUCUGGUUCUCUCGACGGAAGUGUCAGACUCUGGGAUCUUCGUGUUAAUGCCUGCCAGGUUUGAGCCUGAUAUGCUUGCCUUCUCGGGAUGCUAUUAUGGUGGUGGUGAUAAGGAAAGGAGAGAACUUGCAGCAAUCAGAAGGAGAUGGAAAACAUUACAUGUAAUGCCUACAUGUGUGUGUGUUCGUGGUGGUAUGAUGAUUGGAUUACUAAAACAAGGAUCAUACGCAAAAGAAAAGUUUUGUUCUUUGUGCAUAUGAUUGGAUUACUUUGAUGCUUUGUAUCUAUAUAAAG